CGACAACAAUCAGAAUGGAGAAGAAAAGUGUCAGAAAACCCAACUGGACGGCCGAACAGACGUUGUACUUAACUCGCCUUGUUGAGGAAAACAAGGCUGUGUUACUCGGCAAGUUUGGACAGGGCGUGACAUCUGCGCGAAAGAAGGAAAUUUGGACGCAUAUUACUAAGCAGAUCAAUGCCACCUUCACAGGAUGUGUCAGGACAAAUGACGAAGUGGAGAAAAAGUGGCAUAAUACCCAGUCGAAGUCCAAGUCUGAAAGUGUAGCAUAUAAGAAAGGGGCUGUAUCUACAGGUGGUGGGCCGUCACCUUGUCCACGUUUAACUGAAACAGCAGAAGUCGUGUGGGACAUACUUGGGAAGGACAAUGUGUCCAUAUCAGGAAUACCAGAUUCAAUGGACUCAACUCUACUGCAGAUAAAUGAGUCUACUCAGUCAAGUGAUGCCAUGUCAUUUUUAGACAUCCAGGCACUGACAGCUGUGGGAUGGUGCCUGGAAAUGGUCACCAGUGUUGCAGAUGUGGCAGAUGUGGCGGUUACUCCAAGCAAUCCGAGUGAUGCAGCAGUUUCCACUGUCAAGGCCGUACACACAGUCACUGCAGCAGCAAGUAGUAGAAGAUGUGCUCCCCCAGCAAGGAGAUCCAAUCUUGAACCAUGCCUUGAAUGUGAUGAACUGUAUCAUAAGAAGAUGAAAUUAGAAAUUGAGGUUCUUGAACUAAAAAUAAAAUGA